AUGGAAACGGCCCCUGCAUCUGCCCAAUGCCAGCUGACACCCCUCAGACACUUCCACUCAGGAUUUAAAGAUUUUGAAGUCUCAAUCUGUCCCUCUGCUGUUUUUUUUCUCCCCUUGAAAACAGCGCAGCUCCCGUGGGAUGAGGACAGCUCUGCAGAUGUCAGGCCUUGCACAUCGCCCGCCCCAGCCCCUCGCUCCUUCCCCGCAGGGCUCGGGUUUCCCCUUCCCGCUCCAGUGACGCUGCCUGUCCCGACAGGUGCCGGCAGAGCCGUGGCCGCACGCUGGGGUCACCGCAGGCGUCACGGUGGACACGCUAACGUAGGGGCCAGGCGUCCAGCUUACCCCCAGCCCCGUGCCCAGCUGCCGUGCCCCAGCACGGCACCCACCGCAGCCAUGGACCCAGUCCCGGAGGUGAAGAGGAAUAGGUUCCCCAGCAUGAACUUUGAAGCAGAGAUUCUGACAGCUCCACACGAUAAUUCAGAGCUAUAUGUGACCCCUUCCAUGAGAAGUCUCACAGCCGAGGAGUAUGUUGAAGCCUUUAAGUCAUUUUUGGAUCAUUCAACAGAGCACCAGUGCAUGGAUGAGUUCAACAAGGAAGAAAUGCCCAACAUAAUGGCUGGUCUCGGCAAUGGAAAAUCGGCUAUAAAUGUUCUGGGAGUUGGAAGUGGCACAGGUGAGCAGGAUUUGAAAAUGAUCAGGAUACUGCAGGCUGCACACCCAGGGGUCUUUAUUGACAAUGAAAUCGUAGAGCCCAACCCACAGCACGUGGCAGCUUACAAAGAGUUGGUGAAUCAAGCUCCAGACCUGCAAAAUGUCUCUUUUAUUUGGCACCAGCUCACUUCCUCGGAUUAUGAACAACAGGUGAAAGACAAAGGUGCACACAAGAAAUUUGACUUCAUCCAUAUGAUCCAGAUGUUGUACCGUGUGGAGGAUAUUCUCAACACUAUCAAGUUUUUCCACAGCUGCCUUGACCAUCAUGGUAAACUCCUGAUCAUAAUUUUAUCAGACAGUAGCGGAUGGGCCAGCUUGUGGAAGAAGUACAGACACUGCUUGCCUUCCACUGACAGCGGCCACUACGUCACCUCCAAUGGCAUCACGAAUAUUUUGAAGAGACUGGGUGUUGAAUACCACAUUUAUGAAUACCCAUCGGGCUGGGAUAUCACCGAGUGCUUUAUUGAGGGGGACCCGGUUGGAGCCCGCAUGUUGGAUUUCCUGACGGGGACAAAAAACUUCCUGGGCACAGCCCCCCCAGGCCUGCGGCAGCGGCUGCAGGAGGCUCUCUGCCAGCCAGAGUGCAGCAGCAAAAAGGAUGGGAGGAUCAUCUUCAACAACAACUUGAGUAUGAUUGUGGUUGAAUCAUAGAGUCCGGACCAACUGCAAAAGACAAGUUAGGGUGGGAUUAGGGGCAAUGCAGUUGCAGAAGGUUGUAGCAUAGAAAGAAGGCAAAUUGCAGGCAAGAAAGUGGGGCUCAGCUGCAGCCUCCCAUUCUCAGCCACGGUCAGAGGAUGCUGCAACACUGGGGAUGAGCUCUUUGUCCCACUGAGGUCAAUGGAGCCAAGAUUUCACCCUGGUUAUUUAGUCCAGUCCUAGGAGAAUGUUUUCCAGAAAGUAGAGUUCCAUCUCACUAAAAGCCUACGUGGACUUUUUUUAAUGGUACACAUGCUGCCUGUGCUUUUGACACUGGGAUUUCCACUUUUCUAUAUAGCCAGCAUGUUUACCUACCUAAAGACAUGUCUAUAUGACCAGGAGGAUGCUACAGCCUGCAUGCUGGCUGCGUACAGACCCACUGCUUCCAGCUGUACCAAGAAAAAGGCAGCAAGGUGUCACCGUUGCUUGGCACCCAAGUCAUGUCCCUCACUGCACCCAGACCUAAGCUGUGAGUUGCUCUGCACUAGGCUAUUUCACAUGGUUUUAUCAGCAUAGGCAUUUACUGCCCCAAACACCUCAGAAUCUCGCAAUAUAGACAUGUCUUAAAAAUUUAUCGGCCUUUUUGUUUGGAGAAUUUUUUGGAUCCCCGGAUGGUACUUGCUCUGUGCUUUUUCAGGCCGAUAUUAAUUUUGUUACUUUCUUACUACUGUUUUUCUCCGUAUAAAAUA